AUGGAGGAAAACUCACAGCAGCCCCUUCCGAAAAGACACGAUUUCCAAACCUCUGCAGACCUCGAAAGGGUUACUGAUUAUGCUGAAGAAAAAGAAAUAAGCGCAACCGAUUUAGAAAAUGUAAGUAUCUUUUUUGUGGUGUAUGUGUCAAGUUUAAAUUAUUACUCUGGUCGAAAUGUAAGCAUAAAGAAUUUUGGGCACAUGUCGACUAUAGUUUAUUGAGCUGGUAUUACGCUUGAGCUAUUAAAUACCAGUUUUCUCGUUUCACCGGUAAAGACUUUCACACUUUCUUGACAUAGUCUUCCUUCCUGUACGUUACGUCUUGUUCAAGACAGUAAUUGUCCUUGUUACAGUCCAAAUGCAAGAUCACAGGCAAAUUUUCAAAGUGGCCAGUUUAAUAGUCUUAAGUUUAAGCUAAAGUGCCAGGAAGGAUCUCAAGAUUAUUCCCAGACAUUGUGCUAGCGGUUUUGUAACUUUCUCGUUUCAAUAUACAGGCCAUUAGUUUAGUAGAAGGAAAAUAUUCAGAAGAGAAGGCAGCCAAGUUACAAAGGUAAGGUAUUAUAAUUAUGGCAUGACAGCUUAGUUCUGCAUUGUGUUAAUAGAGACUGAAUAUAUAUUGGUUUCAGACCUUGCAUACAGCUUCCUAAAAGCUUCCAAAUGUGUGUAUAAUUGUUUAGUACAGCCGAUGUUUGGUUACGCUGUUACAGUAUGGGGUGGGCUGUCAAUCCGAUGCAGUAACAUUCAUACGUACUUUAUUGUUACCUCCCCAAAGGGGCUUUUUAGGAACAAUUUACUAUUAUUUAAAAGCAUUACCUUAUUUAUAAUAACUAAUUACAACACUCAACUAAAUACUUAUUACAAUACUAGCUAAUUAUUAAUUACAAUGUUUUAAACCACAGGAAAAAAUAACGGAUUCCCAUUUUUGGAUAUUUUUGGGUAUUUAAAGAAUACCCAUAAAAAUCCCAAAUUUGGCAAAGUGAGACAAGUCCCAACCAGGGAAUUCCCAACCAAGUUCCCAGAUUGGGACUUGUCUCACUCUUCCAAAUUUGGGAUUUUUGUGGGUAUUCUUUAAAUACCCAAAAAUAUCCAAAAAUGGGAAUCGGUUAUUUUUUCCUGUGAACUUAACUAAGCAGUAUUUGCAAAAUUUUCUAAAAGCUGGCUCCUUAAGGAGGCCCUGCUAGGGGGGUCCCAUGUCGCCCGUCUGAAUUUUAAAACGUCUCAUGUUGGUGUUUAUAAAUGAUUGUCGCUUAUCGGCGGCUUUGUCGUCACUGUCGCAAUUUGGCCGAGGGAGGUUGUCUCUCGUCGUGAUUUCAUUUUACGCGCUGUCUACUUUACACGCCUACUUUUUUGGGCCAUGUCGCUUGUCAGAAUUUACCUGGCAGGGCCUCCUUAAGGAACGUUAAAAAAUUUUAACAGUUUGGCUUUGUUUAAGAAAAGGUUCUAAAUUGUUCCAAAGCUUAACAGUCCAGUAAUAAAAGGUUCUCUGUCCUGAGGCUGUUUCGAAAAGAGGGAUGUUUAGCUUUUGGCUACUUCGAGUUGUUCGUUUGCUAACUUGCUGACAGGUAAAAAAUUGGGAUGUAAGAUAUUCAGGGGCAUGAUCGGUCAUGCAUUUGAAGGCCAUAGCACAGUUGGUCCUUAACCGGCAACCAAGACAGGCUUUUUAAGAGGGGUGUUAUAUGAUCAUAUUUUUUCACACCAUUGACGAUUCGGAAAGAAAAGUUUUGAAUGGCCGGCAAUUUUCUAACAUUCUUAUUUGUGAUAUUUUCGUAAACAUUCAAACAGUAGUACAUUUUGUUGAAGACUAAGGAAUGUAUCAUGUUUAACGACAUAUUUUUGUCUGAGCAAUGUUUGACCUGGUUAACAGCUUGCCACGUCUACAAAACAGGGCAGCACACAUAAUACAAAGGAGGGAAAAGUGUUAGGGAGGGUGGAUUUGGAAACACAAAGGAAACCCCAAAUGAAUCAGUCUAAAUGAAUCAGUUCCUCCACAUUUAUCAGAUUAUUUUAUUAAAAAUUGCACUUUUCACUCUUACAACACAACACAAAGGAACGACAUUCAUCUACCAAACCCUAUGUUACCACUAGGAAAAAACACAUUAGUUUUCAGGUGCAGUUCUUUUUAAUAAUUUACCCACAUCAAUAUUUAACAGUUAAUGAAUGAGGCUGAGUAUCUUAUGAAGAAUUAUGGAGAUCGAGGAGGGUGUUAUCCGUCGAGGCCGUAGGCCAAGGUGGUUAACACCCUCUGAGACCUCCAUAAUUCUUCAUAUGAUACAAAAGCCGAAUUCAAUAAUUGUUUUAUUAUUCAUUCAAAAUAAUUCCUAGUUUAAAAACAAAACUAAAACAUGCUUACCUCCACUGACGUUAAGUUCAUCUUUGAUAGUGUAUGUUUAGGUUUGUCCAGCUCCAGAAAUAAUCUCCAAAUAGCAGAUGUCGCCCUCGAGUUGUCUUCUUGCUAUUUUUCUAUGUUUUUAGCUAUUACUUCACCUAGUUCCAGUUGUAGUUUUUACUCUUCAAACGAGUGAAGUGUCUGCCAUUUUUGAUUUCACAACCAAGACAACUCAACCUCUUCCCCAGGUCUUCUCGGUUAACAGUUUAUUAACCUGUAGCGGGCUGCAGUUUUGACGUCAUUUGCUCGGUAAACAAAAAAUCUUCCAAAUUUGGUCAUCAGUAACUGGUCAAUUUUAUGAUGAAUUAUUCUUGUGCUUUUAGCCAGUCAGAAUUGGGGAAAUACUUUGAAUGAAUAAUAAAAGAAGUUACGUGGCUUUCCAUUGUUAAGAACUUUAUUAGAUUUAAUUUUAGCUAUUAGCUUUUUCUAGUUAAUUCUUAGGUAACUUCGAUAGGUCUCUUAAUUUUCUUCAUCUUAAACAAAUUGUGAUUUUUUAUGAAGAUAUGUAAUUUUCUCUUUUAUUCACUUUUUAAAACCCUUGUACAUAAUUUAAUUAAAGUAAUUUUUAACUUUGAAAUUUUUAUUGUGUAGUUGUAAUUUACCCAGGGCCCCUUUUGAUACCAGCCAAUGGCUGAAAGGGCCACCCUGCCGAUUGUAAAUAAAGUUGACUUGAAGUCUCACCCCCGAUCAGAAAACUUCAGUCUCCUGCCAGCUACACCCUGUAAGCUUGGUGACCAAUUCUCGUAUCAGAACAAAUUUAGCUAUAUAUGCAAAUGUCAUCUGCUAGCCCCUUGAUUAGGACCCCAGGCCAACAAGGGGGAGUUUAAGAUGGGUGGAGUAAAGUUGAGAAAUUCCCCCAGGAGCUGGGGAAUUUAACAAGACAAACUCACUUGGGUCAAGUGCUUCUCAAUGAAAAUCCCCAUGAUAUCUACCUCAUGUAACUAGGAUUAAGGGGAGUUAUUUUUUUAUAGUUGCUCCUAUUUUAGUCUGCAUAGUGGGAGGUGGUGGUGGAGUGGGGGAGGGGGGUGGGGGUGAUUUAUUUAUGCAAGACUGGAAUUAAAUUGGCUUUAAGGCUGUGAGAAGAAUUGGUGAAAAAUACCUUAGAGCAUGCGGAUAUGCUACACCUCAAACGUCAGCACCUUCAUACGAGACUUAAUCAUUCACAGGGGCAGAGAAAGGGUUAAUGGUGUCCAUGUUGUAAGUAAAUCCAUUCUCAGUUUAAACCAGUAUUCAAGCUAGUAUGCCAUGGUAGAUCUCUCAGGAAAAGCUAAUCCUAGUAGGUUUGAUACUGGUUUAUCCAGAGUACAGAUUUUACCUACAGUACAUUAUUAGUUGCAGCCAUGUAAUUCAGUUGAAUUACUAGUAGUGAUUAUACUUACUUUGAAGUAAGCUUUUAUUUAGUGACCAUUUGUUUCCAGGGAAAAAGAACUUGCAAGAAUUGUUAUCAAAAAAGAAGAUGUUGAUUUAAUUGUAAGUACAAGUUGCAAAUCUUCUCUUAUACCACAAUCAUUGAACAGUACAAUAAACAUUACCACAGACUGUUGUAUUGCUCAAUGUGUGUCAUGUCUUGUCCGUUUUGUUAUUGACUUUUCUUAUUACUUCUAAUGUCCACACUGAAAGAACGUCAAGACUUUUUGGUAACUUAUUAAGUAGUACAUGGUUCGUACAAUCUUGAAAAAGUCUUGAAUUUUGAUAGUCGUCUUAUAAAAUCCCUGAAUUUGGUCAAGGUCCUUGAAAAAUACUUGAUUUUUUCAUAAGGGCUUAAAAAGUCCUUGAAAUUCACUACUUUAGUUUGAACCACUAGUUUACACCACAUGAUUUUCUGUGAAAGAAUAAUUAUGAUUUUGCAGAGAAAAAGUUAGCUCAUCCUCAGUCUAAGAUCUGUAAAACAUUUCUGUGCAUGAACGAUGUUAUCUUACUUUUCAGAUGCAACCGCAAGUCAUACCCAGGACUGUUGCCAUUUUGCAAAGUGGUGUUACAGAAAUUAGUAUAAAAUAAUGUGAUCAAAUUUGGCUGAAGAAGUAAAAAAUAUCGUAAUCAACCCCAUUGAGUGUUUUAGCCAAUCAAAAGGGGGUCAAAGAAUGCCAUUUUAUUGAGUUUAUCUUAGUUCUUGAAAACUCUGUGAUUUGUCCUUGAAAUGUCCAGUUGAAAAGUUCUUGAAUUUUGUUAGCCUGAAGUUGUACGAACCAUGGCAGUACAUAUUGUUUGGUUCAUCAUGAACUGUUUAAAAAAUAAGAGGUCAACUCCUGCUAUUGUAGACUACUUUGUGAACUGCAAGUUAGGGUUGUUAAUAGCACAAGUCUGUGAUAGCAGAGUUUAUUCAAGAAAACGCCUGUAACUUAAUUUUCACUGGAAAUUUAGUGUGUUCAUAUUAUCAGGGUGUCUAUAAUAAAGAGGCAGUGAUUUUGUGACCUCUGCAUCCUGCUUCCCUAAAGCAUAAAAAUCCCCAAAGACACAAAAUAGUUCAUGGCAUGCAUCCCUUAGGAUGCAAAGAUUGAUUGAUCGAUCUGAACGUAUAUAUUUCUACAAACAUCCCAUCCGUGUAGUUUCUGUGGCAGUUAUUAUGGCUGUUGUUUAACGAUGCAUAUUUCUUUAAGCCUUUGUUGUGCUUCAAAAUAGAAGGUCUAUAUUUUAAUGUCAGUAUACUAUAAUAUAGAGUUUUGUAGUCUGUCUUCAUAUUAACUGUCUGGCCCAAGCAUUUUCAAUUUGGGCCUUUUUAUUAUUAUUAUUAUUAUUAUUAUUAUUAUUAUUAUUAUUAUUAUUAUUAUUAUUAUUAUUAUUUUUAUUUUAACUGGGACUCAUUGGGUCUGGACUGGGAGUCAUGAUAAUAGGACUUACCAUAACUAUUUGUGACAGAAUCUUUGAGGAAGUGUCCAUAAGGUGAAAAGUUACUUUGCUGCCAUUUUUGGGUAAAUCUAUGUACAUGUACAAACUCUAUUUUUUACUGUUAUUACCCAGUUUGAACUUGUGGCCCUAUACUCAACACUUGCACCUUCUCGUGAUAUGAUCACUAUAGAACUCUCAGUAGAACUGAAAAAUCUGGCUUUGUGAAUUGCUGGGGUUGAUACAGUGAAUGUAACAUCAUGUUUCAAAGGUUUCACACUUUGCUUUCUGCUGGCCUCACAGUACUGCGGACUUGCUAUUACUUGGAGUGUAUUGUAGGAACGGGGUGUGGUGUCACAUGUUCUACAUUUCCCACUCUUUCUCGCUCGCUUAUCUAAUAAUUCUUAUGUCACCAAUGUAAUAAUGACCAGUGCAGUCAGUGUUGACCUCAAUUAGUGUUUUUAUUCAUGGUAGGUUGUUUGAAAUUCCAGGUUGAAGAAAUGGAAAUCCCAAGAGCCGCGGCAGAGAGAAGUCUACGAGAACACAAAGGAGAUGUAGUAGAGGCACUAGUGUCCCUAACAAACUAA